CGCGGGGCCGGAGGCGGCUCUGUGGGCGGGGCCAGCGGGGCAGCGCCAUGGCUCCGGCGCUGGGUCUGGGGGCGCUGCUGGGGGUCCUGGGGCUCCUGAGGACCCCGGCGGGGGCGGCGGAGGUUCUCCACUCCCUGCGUUACCUGCGAGUGUUGGUGUCGGAGCCCAGCCCGGGGCUCCCCCAAGAUCUGGCUGUGGCAUCUGUGGACAGGAUCCCCUUCACGCGCUAUAACAGUGAGUGGGGCCGGCUGGAGCCACAGACUCUGUGGAUGGCGGCUGGAGCUGAGCCGGGAUAUUGGGAUACGGAGACCCUGAUCAACGAGAGGGACCGGCACAAUGACCCCACCCACCUGAAGAUGCUGCAGAUCCGGAACAACCAGAGUGGGGGUCUCCACACGCUGCAGAAGGAUUGCGGCUGUGAGCUCCUGUCCGAUGGGAGCGUCCGUGGAUCCUAUCGGGAAGGCUACGACGGGCAGGAUUUCAUCUCCUUCGAACUGGGAUCCAGGAGCUUCGUGGCAGCUGAUGGUGCUGCCCAGAUCACCAAGAGGCUCUGGGAAUCUGACGGGAUCACGGUGGAGAGGUUGACAAAUUACCUGGAGCACACCUGCCCAGAAGUGCUCCAGAAACACGUCCAGUAUGGGCAGGAGGCACUGGAGCGAAAAGAGCCCCCCGAUGUCCAUGUGUCUGGGAAAGAGGAACACGGGAUCCUGACGUUGUCCUGCCACGCGUACGGAUUCUACCCCGGGAUCAUUGGGAUCAACUGGCUGAAGGGGGAUGAAAUCUGGGAUCAGGAGACGGAAUGGGGCGGGAUUGUUCCCAACAGCGACGGCACCUUCCACAGCUGGGCCAGGAUCGAGGCGCUGCCGGGGGAGCGGGAGCAGUACCGGUGCCGGGUGGAGCACGCCGGAAUGCCGGAGCCCAGGAUCUUCGCCUGGGAGCCGGAAUCCAGAUGGAAUUCCACCCCGGUGCUGGUCUCUGCAUCCAUCAUCACUGCCAUCGUCAUCAUCAUCCUCAUUGGAGUCGGGGUCUGGAAGCUCCGAUCUGGGAGGAGGGAAGAGGAGGGGGUAUGAUGCGGCCAACAGAACAGACAUGGGAACUGACUGCUGCCCCCCAGCUGUGGAGUGGGAUCCAUGUGGAAUUCCAGAGAGAAAUUAGGGCAGGAUAGAUGGAGCAGGAUUGGGACAGGAUUCCAGAUCAGGGCAGGAUUUCAGAGUGGGAUCAGGUGGAAUUGUGGGGUGGAUCAGGGCUGGAUU